GUAUUCAAUACUGCUCGACUGGAGGCUUUUCAAGUACUGGUUCAUCAAGGCGUUGUCACCUGUGAUGCCUUCGACUCGACAUUUGAAUGCAUUAUAAAGCAUCUGGACGCCGUACCAUGGGAAGAGCUCUUCUGCAGUAUCCCUGGAGCUGCCGAGCCUGUCACUAAACGUGUAUCGCUCAAGAGACUACUACGCCGAUAUCACUCUGGUGACACUGGAACGAUUGAUCAGUCUGGAGA